CGGAGCGGCCCAGCCUAUGCCCUGUCGGCUGUCUAUUUGGGAGUGGGCUGCUCGCUACUCCACCCACGCCCAGUCAUCGUGGCAUUUUAACGAACUCGUCCACUUCCACCACCGGCACAAUUAACAUUCUAGGUCUCUUCACCUGAGGGCCGCCGUUGUCGCCGUAGCCGCCAUCAUCGUCACCGCUGGCCGCUCUGCACUUGCUCGCUGAAAAUGGCUGCCGGCGAUCUCAUCGAUUUCGACAUCAUCGAGGGGCAGAAGGAGAACAUCCAGUCCUUGCCCGGCGGGCGAUCAGCAAAGAAACUGGCCCAAGUUUUCUCUCCGUCUCCUCUGCACAAGCUCUCGACACCCACGCCCGCUGACACCAAAAACGUCAACGACUGCAUCCGGGCCGAGUACGAGGAAGAGAUCGCCAACAUUUCCGAGUCAGACGAUCCCCUCGACGUGUACGACCGAUACGUGCGAUGGACCUUUGACGCGUACCCCUCGGCGCAGGCCACUCCCCAGUCGCAACUACACACGCUACUUGAGCGCGCCACCAAGGCCUUCGUCGGCUCCGCACAGUACAAGAACGAUCCCAGAUACCUCAAGCUGUGGCUCCACUACAUCAGAUUCUUCGCCGACUCGCCUCGGGAAACCUACGUCUUCCUGUCGCGUCACAACAUCGGCGAGGGCCUCGCACUAUUCUACGAGGAGUACGCCGCUUGGUUGGAGAGUGCCAGCCGCUGGGCGCAGGCUGAGGAGGUGUACAAGCUGGGCAUCGAGCGCGAUGCCCGACCGGUUUCGCGACUGCUACGCAAGUUUGGCGAGUUCGAGCAGAGGCGCGAACAGCAGCCUGCCGGAGCCGACGCCCCCGCAUCGCCGGCGCUCCCUAUCGCCCGACCGGCAUUGGCUGCCAAGAUCGAUCCGUUCGGAGCCACGGCGCGAGCACCAGCAGAUCCUCAAGCUCCGAGGCCGAACAACGGUCUCGGCGGCGGCCAGUCCUCUUCGAAACCCGGCAAAGCUAAGCUUGCCGUCUUCUCGGAUGCGACAGGCUCCGACGGCGGCGGAAGCGCCAUGUCUUCGAUGGGGGAGGGCGCAAAGGGUUGGGAUACUAUCGGGUCGCUGGCGGAUCGCAGGAAGGAAAACGUGAUGGAGGCGAAGCCUUGGGCAGGGGAGACGUUGGCAACUUCGGUCAAGAAGAGCAAUGGUCCGAAGAUGUCUAUAUUCCGGGACCCCUCCUUGGCCAGAAUAGCAGAAUCUCAUAUUGUCAUUGCCCCAUCCAAGCACCAAGUAAUUGUAAACCCGCAGAAUGGGAAGAGAGAGCGCGUCUUCGUCAACUUAGAGGCUGUCUAUCCGACCCCGGAGGAACCGGGGACUGAGCUCAGCUUCGAAGAGAUCUGGGCCGCAAGCCGAGGUUGGCUCGACGUAUGCUGGGAAGACGAGGGUGCCGUCGGAGAACAGCCAGAACCCGCGGGUCUGCCCUCACCAGCCGUGAAGCUGCUCAACAGCCGAGUAGCCGAGAAGCUGGUGAUACACCACGACGCGGCGGAAUUUGACGAAAACGGCGCGGUCAAGGACCGUCCUAAGCCUAGCAAGAGCAAGAAGAAGAAGGUGAUGGAGGUCAACGAGACCCAAAUUAUCAAGGCCAAGUUAGACUCGCCAUCCGGCCCCAAAAUCAAGAAAAAGAAUACCAACUCCGCUUCGGAGCCCACCAUGACGAUGCAUACCAGAGCCGCCACUGAUGAGAUAUACGACAUCUUCAACGCGCCUCUCAAGUCUGCCGAAGAACAAGACGGCGAAAGUGACGAAGAGUAUAUGACGGACGGUGAUUACACUAGCGGUGGCGAGAGCACCGGUACUACAAGACGGAUCUCGACAAGCGAGGCCGGCGAUGAUGAGGAAGAGGAUGAGGCGUCGGAUGCCAAGAGUGAGAGCGAGUGGUCAGAUUUCACAGCACAGAAGCACAUCCCUCGAAUCAGUGGCGAGACCGAUAACGAGGACGAAAACGACGAAGAGGGAAACUACGACGAGCAAAAUGACCCUGACGUGUCGGAUCUCAUCGAUACUCGGGGUCCGGAAGAGGAUGCAGAUACCGACGAUCACGAAGAGGACUCUUCCCCCAGAACCAGGUUCAUUCCGAUACCGCCCGAAGACUACCAGGCGCCUACUCGACCGUAUAGGGACCCGGCCGAGGUGGCUAACAACCGCCUGCCGUUCAUGACACCUAUCACGGAGCGCACCGAAUCGUCGCUCGGCCUCGUCACGGGGGCCAAGCCGCAGUACUUCGAUACCAGGAACCCCCGGGGCAACGACACGCUGAGCAUACAGGUCGAGGAGGAAGGCGAGGAUAACGAAGACUUCGAGCCCCUGAGCAGCCCGCUCCGGGAGGUCCUCAGCAACUCGCGCGCCUCGCCGCCACUCAAGAUCGCGCAGCCCCUGCUCCCGAAGCCGGCGGCCACCAAGGCGGCGGCGGCCGUAGUCGCUUCCGGUGGCGCCGCCGGCACCUUCCCGGGCCGGGCGCAGCGGAAGGCGCCGCUGGCGCUGGCACCGGCACCGAAGGGCCCCAUCAUCACGGACGCUCAGUGCAACCCGGUCGACGCGGCGGUGCGCGAGGCGAUCCUGGCGCGCGCGCACCCGCCGCUCGAGUCGCAGCGCGGCUUCUUCGACCACCGAGGCGAGCGGUUCGAGCGCGGGGGCGAGAUCCGGCGGUUCGCGCGGGCAGCCGCCGCGGCGGGGGGGGCGGGUGUCGGGGCGGCCCCCGUCGUCCUCGAGUUCCCCGAGCUCGCCGGCGCGCGCACCUACACGAUCCGGCGCGAGCUGGGCGCGGGCGCCUUCGCGCCGGUGUACCUGGCGGAGAACUCGGCGCCGGACCUGGACUCGGAGGAGGAGGAGGAGGAGGAGGAGGAGGGAGAAGAAGGAGGAGGGGAGGGCGGCGAGGAAAACGACGAGAACCGGGCGCCGCGGUCGCGGAUGGGGCGCGGGGCGUUCGCGGGGCCGGGGGCGCGCGCGGGGCGGCGCGCGCGGCUCGAGGCGGUCAAGAUGGAGCAGCCGCCGUCGGCGUGGGAGUUCCACAUGAUGCGGCUGGCGGCGGCGCGGCUGGGGGCGGGGGACCGGGCGGCGGCGUCGGUGUCGGCGGCGCACGAGCUGCACCUGUACGCGGACGAGGGGUUCCUGGUGCUGCCGUACCACGGGCACGGGACGCUGCUGGACGUGGUGAACUUCUUCCGGGGGGAGCAGGCGUCGGGGGUGAUGGACGAGGCGCUGGCGGUCUUCUUCGCGAUCGAGCUGCUGCGGACGGUGGAGGCGCUGCACGCGCGGGGGCUGAUGCACGGGGACCUGAAGGUGGACAACUGCCUACUGCGGCUGGACGGGGCGGGGCGGGGGCAGGAGCUGGCGAGCCAGUGGCGCGCGGACGGCUCCGGCGGCUGGGCCGGGCGCGGCGUGGUGCUGAUCGACUUCGGGCGCGGCGUCGACAUGCGGGCGUUCGGCGCGGCGACGCAGUUCGUGGCGGACUGGCGCACGGGCGCGCACGACUGCGCCGAGAUGCGCGAGGGCCGCCCCUGGACCUGGCAGAUGGACUACCACGGGCUGGCGGGGACGCUGCACACGCUGCUGUUCGGCAAGUACAUCGAGACGGUGCGCGCGGACGACGGCCGCGCGGCGCUGCCCGGCACCGCCGCCGCCGCCGCCGCCGCCCGCCGCUACAAGCUCCGCGACGCCCUCAAGCGCUACUGGCAGACCGACAUCUGGGCCGACUGCUUCGACCUCCUCCUCAACCCCGCCGCCCACGCCGCCGCCGAGGACGGCGGCCGCCUCCCCGCCCUCCGCGGCAUGCGCCGCGUCCGCGCCCGCAUGGAGGCCUGGCUCGAGGCCAACUGCGAGAAGGGCGUCGGCCUGCGCGGCCUCAUGGCCCGCGUCGAAGCCAUGGCGGCAGCGCGCGCGCGGAAGCACUGAGGCGGUGACGGCCUCCUCCUUUUUUCCUUUCUCUCCCUUUUUCUUCUCUCUCUUAGAAGAGUCUCCUCGGCCUUGCUCUGCGCAGCCGGCCCCGGCUUAAUACUGACCGCGCGCCCCGGCUUCUUCUCCGGACGCGGGCGAGGAACGCGGCGCUGGCCGCAGUCUACGUUAGGCUCGACGCGGGGCAGGCUGGGCGGAGAUAGGGCCGGCGGAGGAGCGGCGAGGCAGAAUGAUGGUAAUGAGCGGACGAACCGAAGAGAAAGCGGGUCCG